CUAGAACUAUAAUUGAGAAGUGUCAUCCAACAAAUACUUUGACGUUUCCUCUCUACUGCAGUGGUCGUUAUUGUUGUCUACCAGCACAUCCGAAUAUUUACCCGCGUCACAUCAAGUGCACUAGCCUUUGUCACAGUCAAUUCUUGCCAAAAUGUCCGUCGCACGAUCUGAACUCAAGUUCCGCGCUCCGCCGUCAAUGCAAUUAAGUGAUGGCUCAGCCAACUCUAUUACAUCUCCCCCAGAACAUGAUCACUCCAUCACCACAUCUCUGGGCCGAGCACGAGCUCGAUUCGCGGUCACGGGCAAUGCCAUUGUGACUGGGGGUGCUGGAGAUAUUGGGUCUGUCGCCUGUCGAGCUCUGCUUGAACACGGACUCCGGGGACUAGCUAUCUUUGACCUGCAUCCUGAUCCUGGGAAAAAGACUGUCGCCGGUCUUCAAAGCGACUUUCCUGAAGCAAGGAUCACAUUUACCAAGGUUGAUGUGACGGAUCCUGAGUCCGUUACAGCCGCCGUUGCGAACGCAGAGCAAAUCAUCGGCCCCAUUAACAUCUGCCUCUGCUUUGCAGGUAUCGCCUUUGCUGCGCAUGCUUUGGAUAUCACUCCGCAACAAUUCAAGACCAUGUUUGAUGUCAACACCACGGGUGCAUUCCUGGUAGCGCAAGCUGUUGCGAAGUCCAUCGCAAGCAGAGGAACAGGUGGUUCAAUCAUUCUGAUGGCAAGCAUAUCAGCCCAUAUAGUCAACUUUCCUCAGCCUCAAGUCCAUUAUAACGCGGCCAAGGCGGCUAUCAUCUCCAUGAAAAGCUCACUCGCCGCAGAGUGGGCGAUACACGGUAUCCGUGUCAAUAGUAUCAGUCCUGGGUACAUGGAUACUAUUCUAAACGAGGGAGACGGUUUGGCCGAGCAUAGAGCUAUUUGGGCAAAGAGAACCCCAUAUGGCCGCAUGGGAAACCCGGAGGAGCUCACGGGUGCCGUUGUCUUGCUCGCGAGCAAAGCGGGUAGUUACAUUACGGGUGCAGAUAUCCUUGUAGAUGGUGGAAUCAGCGUUUUCUAGUCAUAUUCCUGGGAAAAGAUGAAACGUAUUUCUAGUCCUAGACCUCACCC